AUGGCGAAAGACCAGCGGGUGAGGACAUCGGCUGGUGUUACAGCCAUUUGGACGACCAAUCAGGCAAAUGAAAUCAAUACGGCCUUUGAUUGGUCCAAAGGAUUUUCUGCUGCACUCUACAACAACAUCUGGUUGGCAGUAGACAGCAGUGCUGAGUGA